AUGGCUAGAACUAAACAAACAGCAAGAAAAUCCACUGGUGGAAAAGCUCCAAGAAAACAAUUAGCUUCAAAAGCUGCUAGAAAAUCAGCACCAUCAACUGGUGGUGUUAAAAAACCUCAUAGAUAUAAGCCAGGUACUGUUGCUUUAAGAGAAAUUAGAAGAUUUCAAAAAUCUACUGAAUUAUUAAUUAGAAAAUUACCAUUUCAAAGAUUAGUUAGAGAAAUUGCUCAAGAUUUUAAAACUGAUUUGAGAUUUCAAUCAUCUGCUAUUGGUGCUUUACAAGAAGCUGUUGAAGCUUAUUUAGUUGGUUUAUUUGAAGAUACUAAUUUAUGUGCUAUUCAUGCUAAAAGAGUUACCAUUCAAAAGAAAGAUAUUCAAUUAGCCAGAAGAUUAAGAGGUGAAAGAGCUUAA